AGGAACAACUAUCUCCCACGCUCAACCAUGGACUUGUCUUCAUGGUUUCGACGCAGCCCUUCAAUUUCAAAUGGUAAAAGGUCCAAAACCCCACAAUCAUCUGUGCAGAAAGAGGACCAAGAAGAGCUUCUUAUUCUUGGAGUCACCGAACAACUAAUCGAUCAUGUGAAAUCCUUCACUUUAGAAACCUUCAAGAAUUUCCCUCUCCAAGAUGACGAUGAUUCUACCUAUGAUGUGGAAGCUACCACAAAUUCUUCGGGCAAUGUACAGCAGGAUCUCUCAGAUUGGCAGGAGCGACAUGCUAUCUUGGUUCUUUCAAAAGUCAAGGAACUUGCACAGCUUAGAUUCAAGCUAUGUCCACGCCACUUGAAGGAACAACAAUUUUGGAGGAUAUACUUCAUGCUUGUCAAAAGUCAUGUAGCUGAGUACGAGCUACAGGCAAUACGGUUAGCUAAACUCAAAAGCAUGGCUAUGGAAAAUGAAAAAACAUCAGACAGCAGUGUAUAUGAAGUUGAAAUGGCGGAAACAAAGCAAGCAGCAAGCUUAUCUCCUCCCACUCCAUGACAUCCAUAGUUACAUCACAGAAAUUGAGUUGAAUCUGGUAUGUUAUGCUUAAAAUCAUUACUUGGGAAACAUAACUUCAUAAACAUAUCCAUGCAAUGUCUUGUGCUUAAAAUCAUGCAAAAUUCUUUUUGUUUUUUAACUUUUUAUGAAGAUGUAUCAAGUCAAUGUCCUUUGGCAUUUGAUGUGAGCUUGCAAUGUUUUAUAUGUUGACCUUCCAAUAGAUCUUUUUAAAAUUACUGGAGGGGAUGUGACUGUUAGAAAUGGAGAAUGUAGAUUUUGAUUUUGAAAUAAUCUGAAGUUGGGUUUUUCUAAAGACAAGCUUGCUAGACUGGAUGCUUGAAAUUUCAAUCUCUCGGAAGUUAAUCCUCAAGGCACUACCAAAAGCAUUCUAGCUGGUGGUUACGUUUUAUGUUUGUUUUAAUUAUAGAUUCUUUUCAUUUGUAAAAUAAUAGUUCCAGCAUUCAGUUGCAAUUAAAUCACUGGCUCUUAUUUAA